CAGCCUAUUCCGGGUGUUGCCCGACUUUUUUCGCUUGUACAAAAAAACAUUGCAAAACAUGUCUACCCCCAUUCUCACCCAUACGCCAGAUCUGUGUGUCACCCGACUUACCAGUACUCUCUCCAAGAUACCUCUCUUCACUACCGAUAGUAUCAAUAGCUGGGACCCACACUCGCUCUCCAUCCCCAGGGGGUAGACCCAAUCAGAAGAGCAAACAACUCAUCUCGGAUACUACUGCUACCACCACAUCCUCCCCACUCGCAACAAAUGCCUCAAAAAAAAAUACAGCACAAUGUCAGCUCCCCAUUCUUACCACCCCGCAUACUCUAACCCUCUCGUCUGAGGAAGCCGCCAUACGUAAAUUCUUUGUCGACACCACGCAAGAAGUCGACAAAGACAAGCCCGAGGAUGACCGCCUGCUUUUGCACUUCACCAACGGUUGGGCUAGGGCUCUGAAGCACAGAUAUCGACAUGGGGAUAAAAAAUAUGACUGGGUAUGAUUUCACAACUUGACUGUUCGAGUACAUUGGUACAAGCAUGGAGAAGUACGGCCCCAAACUGGGCAGUGUGAGCAAGAUCGAGAGCAAUCCCAAGAAGUCCACGCAUCUGGAGACUGCUCGUAUGAAGAUUCUAGGAUUGGAUUUCGAUUUUGUUAAUCUGAGGAGUGAGUCGUAUUCUGGAGAUAGUCAGAUUCCACAUAUGGAAUUCGGAACCCCAAAACAAGAUGCCCUCCACCACGACUGCACAUCAACACCCUUUUUUACAACCUACACACUGAACUACUGGAGAAUUUCAGAGGCC